UUGGAAGGGAAUUCAUGUUCAAAAUAGACAAGGCACACGAAAAUAAUUCAUCUGGUGGUAUGUAUUACUCCAUUGCCAUGGUCUCAGACGAUCAGGAAAAAUUGGAGCAGGUGAAGACUACAAUUGGAUUGGAGCCUGAGGCCUAUAAUUCCGAUGAAGAUCUUGAGCUUCUUUCCUACUCCACAACAGGUGUUGAAUCAAGCAUGACUCAAACCUCCCUUGAUAAUGAAAAUGUCCCAACUCCACACUCAUCAAUUUCAAAGCGAGGUUCAGAAGACGGUCAUCUAGGUUCUGAAGUUUGCUCCACCCAAGGAUCUGCUACCAAAAAACAAAA